AUGAGUGCCAUAGGCGACUUACCACCCACACCUGUGUCAGCAAUCUCGACAAGUGUUGUUCUGGUGACGGGAGGCUCCGGCUUGGUAGGAUCUGCUCUCAAGUACUUGAUCGACAUUGAACCCAUUGGCAGUCCAUAUGGAAGGAGAAAAGAUGAAGAAUGGGUAUUCCUUUCUUCUGCAGAAUGCGAUUUGAGGGAUAUUCAGCAGACCAGGGAGGUAUUUAAAAAGUAUAGGCCGAAGGAAGUUAUACAUCUUGCUGCUAAAGUUGGCGGUCUGUUCGCAAAUAUGUCUUCUCAACACACAUUCCUGCGUGAUAACCUACUUAUGAACGAUAGUAUACUGCAAGUAUCACAUGAGAUGAAAGUGAGAAAGGUCGUAUCAUGCCUGUCAACUUGUGUGUUUCCUGAUAAGGUAGAAUACCCCCUUACGGAAGAGAAGAUACACUUGGGUCCACCGCAUUCAUCAAAUUUCGGAUAUUCCCAUGCCAAACGAUUGAUAGAUAUUCAAAAUCAUGCUUAUCACGAUCAAUUUGGUGACCAGUUCACGAGCGUGAUACCGACCAACGUUUUCGGUCCUGGUGACAAUUAUAACCUGAAAAGUGCACAUGUGAUACCGGGAUUGAUACAUAAAUGCUAUCUGGCGAAAAAGAAUAAUACUCCUUUCACUGUAUUUGGAUCAGGAAAACCACUCCGACAAUUUAUCUAUUCUCGAGAUCUAGCGAAGCUCUUCAUAUGGGUCCUUCGAGAGUAUAAGGAGAUCGACCCGGUGAUAUUGAGCGUCGCUGAAGAUGAUGAAGUAUCGAUAAAAGAUGUGGCGGAUGCCAUCAUAGAAGCUAUGGAUUUCAAAGGACCCGUUGAGUACGAUACAUCCAAGGCAGACGGACAGUUUAGGAAACCUGCGAGUAAUGCUAAAUUAACGAGGUUGAUGAAGGAGAGUGGUGCCGGCAUAUUUGAAUUCACACCUUUCAAAUUAGCGCUGAAAGAGUCUGUGGACUGGUUCUUGGAUCACUAUGAUGCGGAUGCACGUAUAUAG